AGUCGAGCUUGUCGAGUUUGAACCGAGCUUGUAGGGCUUGUUUUCUAAACGAGCUUAAAAACUUGUUCAAAUUUGAGCUCGUUUAGAAAACGGACCGAGCCUGAACAAGUCAAACCUAAGCCAAGCUCGAGUAUCUCAAUUUGAUUAACAGCCCUACCUACCAAGCUUUUGUUGAGCUCCUCACUUCUGCUCAUAACACGGCAUUAGACUCCAGUUCUUAUGGUGUCUAGUGACCUUUUAGAGAUUUAGGAAGGAAGUAUAUGAGAAUUACGUAGGGCUGAGGUAUGCAACUGUAUAAUAGUGGGGAAUGGCUGUAAAAAAAUUAGUUAAACCUAAAUAAUAAUUAAAUGAUUGUAAAAGAAAUUAAAUAAAUGAUUGUAAAAAAAAUUAAAUAAAUGAUUGUAAAAGUCAAGAAAUGGAAAUGAAAGAAUGAACCUAACCUGCAAGUUCAUUGAAACGUAUGUUUUUAUUAUUGAAAAAUAGUUGUGCUAUAACUUGGCUAACACGUCGUGAAUGCAGUGGCUACAAACACUGCUGUCUCCAGGAAAGAUGUUAAAGACAGGAAGCAACAGACAUCCUUAUGCCAUUGAAUACCCUGAGCCACUUGUUCAUUUUGCACUUUGUUCAGGGGUUCGAGUCUACACAGCAAGGAGUGUAUUUCAGGACCUCAAACUUGCUAAAGAAGAGUUGAUACGAGCUAGUGUCUACAUCCAGAAGGAAACAAAAAUAUGCCUGCCAAAAAUCCUCUGCUAUUAUGCGAAGGAUAUGUCACUGAGUAUGCCUGAGCUUUUAGAAAUAGUUGAUGGGUGUCUAUCAGAAGUUCAACAGAAAGCUAUCAGAAGAUGCAUGAAGGGCAGACCUGAGAAAUACAUCUAUUGGUUACCUCAGAGUUCAGGCUUUAGGUAUGUUAUCCAGAGCGAAGUAGCCAAAGGGAGAUCGGCAGUUUAAUUACUCCUUUUUUAAAUUGUAUUCAUGAUUCAUGAAGCAUAAUAUACCAGAAAUGUGGUGUGAUAAUAUGGACAGGCACAAGUUUUAAACUGUAAAUGUGUGUUAGGAAGAGAGUGGUGGUGUAUGGAUACCGAUUGCCUUGUGUAUUAAGAAUAGAUCAUGAAUUCAUGAUGGAGAAUGCAGUGAGAUGG